UACUUGAGUUAGGGUUCCGUUUUUUGGUCAGCCAACUACCGCAAAACGCUGCUGAACGGAGGAAAAAUCCAGCACAAAAUGGCUCCAAAACAGCCAAAUACUGGACUCUUUGUGGGUCUAAACAAAGGACAUGUUGUGACCAAGAAGGAACUAGCACCACGCCCUUCUGACAGGAAAGGGAAAACAAGCAAGAGAUCACACUUUGUGCGAAACCUUAUCAGAGAGGUUGCUGGRUUCGCUCCUUAUGAGAAGAGAAUUACUGAACUUCUGAAAGUUGGAAAGGACAAACGUGCCCUCAAAGUGGCCAAGCGRAARUUGGGCACWCACAAGAGGGCAAAGAAGAAGCGUGAGGAGAUGUCCAGCGUUCUCCGCAAGAUGAGGUCUGGUGGAGGUACUGAGAAGAAAAAGUGAGUUUUUGUUGUUGAGAACAUAAAGAUCUAUUGAGAUUUUACGUUGAAUAGAGUAGCGGUUUUGGGUAUUUGUUGAACCUCCUUGUAUUAUGUUUAUUUCGACUAGACUCAUUUAUGCAGACCACAUUAGUUCGUCCUUGCUCU